GCACAGCACAGCAGCCACGAGAAACUAACACACGUCAAGAAGGGCACUCAACUAGUGGAAGUACUGUACUGCAACGGAAGUGUGUGUGUGGUGAGGUCCUGUAGAGGACUUGUUCUCCACAGCAGCGGUGGAUCUGCAGCUCCAGGCGGCGUGUGGAGGAGGUGGGUGCCAUGGAGAAGGAGGAGCAGGCGCCCCCUGGUGGAGGAAGCAGUGCCAGCACCCCAAACAAUCACACCAACAACACCCCAUCCAACGCCCCUUCCAAUACCCCCAUCAGUGCCCCCACCAAUGCCCCCACCAGUGCCCCAUCCAAUACCCCCAUCAACACCUCCGCCAAUGCCCCAACCAGUGCCCCCACCAAUGCCAACGUUGCCAAGGCCUCCACUAACCCCUCGAUUAGCAACCUCAAUAGUCCCCUGAGCAACUCCACAAACAACACCAACGCCACUCACCCUGCCAUCAGUACCCACACCAACCCCACCAACAACACUGCUAAUGGUGCUGCCAAUGCCCUUGCCAACAUUCCUGCCAGUACCCCGAACGCUCCAGCCAACCCCACCACCACUACAAGUACAAGCACUGUGCAGAAUCGGUCGGCUAUGCCCCAGAUCUCUGUCUAUGGAGGGAUCCCCGAUCGCCAGAUACAGGUGAUCCAGCAGGCGUUGAAUAGGCAGCCCAGUACGGCAGCCCAGUACCUGCAGCAGAUGUACGCAGCCCAACAGCAACACCUCAUGCUGCAGACAGCAGCCCUGCAACAGAUUAACUUGGCGGCGUCUCCGGCGGCGGCGGCCCAGCUGAUCAGCAGAGCCCAGAGCGUCAGCACGGCGGCGCCAGCCAGCAUUACCCAGCAGGCCGUGCUUCUCGGCAACACCACCGCCUCCACCCUCACCGCCAGCCAGGCCCAGAUGUACCUGCGCGCACAGAUGGCCCAGCAGACUAACCUUGUGCAGGUGGCCAGAAGUCUGGGCCGUGCUGUGCCCCUGUCCCCUCAGCUUAUCCUGACCCCCACGGCCACCGUCACCGCACUGCAGGCCACUCCAGAGGGGAACACACACACCACCAACCAGCAACCCGCCAAUACACAGGUCACCAACCUGACUCUGUGUACUCAACAACAACAACAACAAAAACAGGCCGUAGAGACCUCCAUGGUGGCCCCCUCCAUAGCUUCCUCCCAGGUCGCAGUGCAAGUGCAGGCCCAAGCCCAGGCCCAAGCCCAGGUCCUGGGCCUGAAGCAGGCAGCCUCGGUGGCCCCUCUCCUCGCCCUGGGGCCCGGGCAGGCUGGAGCCCAGCUCAAGGGCCCCUGCCAGGCCGUCACACUGAAGUCUGGUGGGGGUGGGGGCCCUGCCGAGGGCUCUGCCUGUGUGCUCGCGGAGGGAGCAGGGGCCAAGGCAGAAGGGGGCGCUAGCGAGCUAACGGCGGCGUGUAUGGUGGCCAUCAGUAGGAACGUCACAGCCGUCACGGGACACCCCCUCUUCAGCACAGCAUACACACAGAUCCAAACCCACCAGUUGCUCAACCAGCAGCAGCAGCAGUUUGUGGUGCAACAGCAGCAGCAGCAGCAGCAGCAGCAGCAACAGCAGCAACAGCAGCAGCAGCAACAGCAGCAACAGCCUAUCCAGCCUGCUCCAGCUCAGCCAGUCCAGGCAGCCCAGCAGCAGGCUCAGCCACCCCCACACCACCCCCACCAUCACCACCAGCACCAGCUGCAAGCCCAGCUGCCCCAGAGGACCCAGACACAGACCCAGACCCAGCUCUUCCAGGCUACCGCCAUCCAGCCCAGCCUGCUGCCUGCCGUGGCACACGCGGUACCGGUACCGGCCUUGGCCAUCCAGCCUGUUACAUCCACCCAGCAGCUGCAGCAGCAGCAGCUCCAUCAGAACCACAACACAGCCCAGCCCCAGACUCACAGCGCGGCCCAGGCCCAUGCCCAGCCCCAGACUCACAGCCAGGCCCAGGCCCAUGCCCAUGGCCAGUACUCCGUGACGCUGCUGCCUAAACCAGUCCAGCCCCCCACCCAGCAGACUGCCAUAUUCCACUCCACCACCACCACCACCACCACCACCCCUGUGGCUGCUGCUGCUACUAUUGCUAAUGCUGCUGCUGCUGCUGCUUCUGCCAGCCCACCACAGGUGUUCCCCCAGCAGGGACACCCCCUGGUGUUCAGCAGCCCCUCUCCCCAGGCCAGAGGGAGGCCUUUCCAGUUGGCAGCUGCCAAUCCACAGCUCCAGCCACCACUGCUGCCGCUGCCGACUGCUGCUACUGAGGGGCAGGAGAAGUCUGCCCUGCCCACUGUAGGAGUGACGUGUCCUGUAGCCAAUCACCAUCUUGCAGUUUCUCUCCCUCCUCUGUUGGAGCCCAAUGCGUAUCCAAGUCAGUUAAGCCGAAUAGAAGGCGCGGGUGUCGCAGAGGGGAGAGUGAAUGCGAGACCAGGUGUGGGUUCACCUCCAGCCAUGACCUCGGGCAGUGGGAACAAUGCGCCCACUGUGACCGGUAGCACUCCUCAAAAUGGCGAGAGCAAACCACCCCAGGCCGUUGUGAAGCCCCAGAUCCUAACGCACGUCAUCGAGGGAUUCGUGAUCCAGGAGGGAGCCGAACCUUUCCCAGUGGAUAGACCGUCAAUGUUGAUCGAGAACUUGCAACAACUGAAGCAGCAGCAACAGGCACAGUCUGACUUGGAGCAAGCAACGCACGAAACCUCUGUAAAUAUCGAAGAUUCAGCAAUGGAGGAUCUUUCGCAACAAGCUCUACCAAAUGUCAAUGAGCCAACCCUGGCCUGCGAGCUGUGUGGCAAAGUGGACUAUGCCUAUAACUUCAAGAGGUCCAAGAGGUUUUGCUCCACCGUUUGUGCAAAGAGGUACAACGUGGGCUGUACGAAGAGAAUGGGUCUUUUCCCUAAUAAGCACUCCGUGCUGAAAAAGCUAAAGACUAAGAAACAGCCGACCAACAACAACUCCACACAGCAGCAUACGGGUGGCGGUGGCAGCGUCCGCUCGUCCCCUCAUCCGCACAUGGGCCGCGGCAGCCAGGGCGAGUCCAGCCAGUGCUCGGACAUGUCCAGCUACGAGGAGCCCCCCUCUCCCCUCUCCGCCGCCAGCUCUGGAGCUCAGCGGGCCCCCGGGGGAGCCAACGACCGCGGCUCAGAACACAGCCACCACGAGCGGGACCACGAUGGCGAGCUCCCGCCACUCGGCCAGUCCUUCCUUCCCAGUGACCCCACCAGGUGGAACGUGGAGGAUGUCUACGAGUUCAUCUGCUCCUUGCCAGGUUGCCAGGAGAUCGCGGAUGAGUUUCGUUCUCAGGAGAUCGACGGCCAGGCGCUGCUGCUCCUGAAAGAGGACCACCUCAUGUCCACCAUGAACAUCAAGCUGGGGCCCGCACUCAAGAUCUUCGCCCGCAUCAGCAUGCUCAAGGACUCGUAGCCUUAUCGUGGCGCUCUCUUUAUCUCCUCUCCCUUCACGUGGAAGACCUUGUGUGAUGGACAGACACUUUCUGAAAGACUUAAAGCCUCUCUUCUGGCUCUGUCUCUGCCUCGUUCUCUCUUUCUGUGGACCUCACAUGACGCAUGCAGACAUGGCUCAAGGACUCCUUUCCUCUCCUCCUAUCUCUCUCCUCUCUUUUACUAGCUUUGAUUCUUUGGAAGACCUCACAUGAUGACGCACAGACACAAGAACACGCACACAAACACACACCCACUCACACUAAAGGGCUCCUCUUUUGCUGAUAUUAUGGAAGACCUCACAUGACCCACGCACACUUCUAUCUACCUAUCUAUCUCUCUCUCCACUUCUCUAUCUCUCCUUUCUGUGGAACACGAAAACACACGUGAGCUGAAGAACACCUAGUUUCCCCCCCUGUCGCUCAUACUUUUACCAUAGAAGACCUCAUAUGACACUGCACUACUCACACGCGUAAACAAACAAAAAAAACUGGAAGAGUCCAAAGCCUGUGCACUUGUAUGCCUGUUGAAACCUCUCUCCAAAGGUGCUUUUGUGUGGGCGAAGAGUGACAUGGAGCCAACACAAGAACACACACACUCUCUCACAGCCCUCUGCUGAACUAUUGCCCUGGGGUGCAUUUCUCGCAACCACAGUUGCUAACUGCGUUAGCUACUUUGUUGUUUGCAAUGCAAUUUCGCAUUGGCAACUACCCUAGUUGCUAAUUAGCUAACAAUUACGCUUUCGAGAAACGCACCCCUGAAGGGAUUUGGCCUUUAAAAAAAAAUAAUAAUCAAAAACCGAACUCAAGUGGGUGGGUGAACAUGUGGGUGGGUGGAUGGAUGGAUGGACACAUGGGUAACAAGUCAAGAACUGCUUGAAGGACUUUUUGAGCACAUGUGGUUUUACCUCCCUUUGGACUUUAGGAUAUUGGUUUGGGCACAAGGGUACAACCAAGCCAUUUUAAAACACUUGGGGGGCAUUCUCAUCUGAAAUGUGAAUGGUGUCAUUUUUGUUCCAACUGGAACUGUGAGCGUUAACAAGGCAGCAAACAGAUGCCCCCCCUCCACCAGUAUAGUAUGCCGGUUGUGCUGUUCAAGUGGUCUCUUGCUUUGCAAUCGACUCCAAGUGUCCCUUUUGAACACACCAAUAAUGUUUGAAAUUGUAUUUGUUUAAAGGGAAGGACCCCUUUUAAAUAGCAAGAAUGGACUUUGAUCACUUAUUCCAUUUUCAAUGCUUGUCAAAGAUGUAAAAGAAAAAGAAAAGAUUGGCAUUGUUCUAGGUAAUGUGACAGGUUUUACUUGUAAAUGGAUGUGACCAGGUAUUUUUUAAAACGAAAACUACUCUACUGCAAUGUGCCUAAUAUUUAUCAAAAUGCAUCCCAAAGAUUUCCUUGAAGCGACCUUCUGCCAUUUUUGGGAAAAUGUUCAUUUUACACCUGCCCUUGAAUCAAAUAAUUAACCUUUUCCUGUUCUUCAAUCCAUUGUGAGUCUGCCAGCACAACUUGUACCUCCAAGCUAGCGUGCUAACUGUUGCCAUCUGCUUAAAUGAUGUAGAUUAAGAAGCAAUUUCAUCAGACUCGAAUAAAAGCGGAAAGAACAAAAGAGAGGUAAAACAUAAUACAUUAAUUUAAGUCUAUGGGAGGUGGCAAAUGAACUCAUUUCCAGACAUGGUGUGACGUCACUUGCUCUCUUGCUCUCGUUCACCAGCCAAUUCCAUAGACUCCAUAUUGGUUUAUGGGUCAAGUCAAUCUGCAGGGAUAACUAAAGGUAUAUAGGUAACACUUAACUUGACGCUGGUGUCAUAUGCAUGUCAUUACAGUGUCAUGACACGCUCAUAGUUAAGUCAUAAACAUUAUGUCCAUGUCAAACAUUUGAUGACUGUUUGCCUUAAGUGACAACCUUAGGGUUGUUUUUGCCAUAACCGAAUGUCACCUAAGACCAACAGUCCUAAUGUUUGACAUGGACAUAAUGUUAAUGACCGUCAUGACACUGUAAUGACAAGCAUAUGACACCAGCAUCCAGUAAAGUGUUACCGGUAUCUAUUACAAAGGCAUUUCACCUCUUCAUCACAGUUGCUCAAUGUGGAAGACUGGACUUGUGACCAGUAAAUGUAUAGUUAAUAGUGAUGCUAGUUGUUCUUUGUGGCCGGGAUACACCGUGAUGACUCCUACAAAGCUGGAAUGGAUUAUCAGGUUAGUUAAAAAAAGAUCAGUUUCAUCAGUAUUUGUUUCAUUCUUUUACCUCUGUUUUUUCAGUAGUUCUCAGCUGAUGUGUUACAGUAUGUUGCCAUUGAUAGUUCAGAUGUAUGUGAUGUUCGGCGUGUUGGAAAAAGACUGAUUCACACACAUCAGAUGUAGUUGUCCUCCAGCACUACCAUGUGUAAUCAUGCACAUUUCUGUGACAAGUCUCAUUUUGUAUAUGAGGAAUAAACCGUUUCCAUAAGAAAACCACCCCACUG